AUGACCAAAGAUCGCUUACCCGCGCUCAAAGCAGCGCAGAACACUGAAGACAGUGAUCAAGAAGGCGCUUAUGCUGCUAUUAAUAUGGAAGAUAACAGUCGUUUUAUGUCCGAUUUUUUUACUCAGGUUGAUUCUUUACGUACCAAUAUUGACAAAAUUAAUGAACUUGUUGAAGAAGUGAAACGUUUACACAGCACAAUAUUGGCUGCUCCCCAAGCUGAUGAUCGAACUAAAGAAGAACUUGAAGAAAAAAUGGCUGAAAUUAAGAAGAUAGCUAAUGAAGUACGACAACGGCUGAAAACCAUGGAAACUGAUAUAGAAUCAGAGGGACAAGAAAAUGUCUGGCGAUCAGCUGAUAUACGUAUUAGAAAAACACAGGUGCUCCGUUCAUCUUAG